AUGUUCAGCAUAUCGUCUCUCGUCCAGAAGGCCCAAUCCCUCGUUGAUCCAUCGUCUGCUCCUGUCCCUGGGAGCUCUGACCGAAAGCCCUCCAAAUCCGCUCUAUUCCGUCAUCAGUUUCGGUUGCCCGAUUCCCAAAACCCUCUGCAAGAGAUCACUGCAGAGCUAACCCUCCCGCCUCCGCAUUCCACCAGCUCAACAAACAAGCCGCGAACUGAGAAAGAUUACGAUCGAGACCGUGAUCGGGGAAAUAAUUAUCCAGGAAAGCUGCAUCUGAGCGAAAGCUUCCUGUGUUUUUCAACGCAGCCGACAAGUUUCUUACCGUCCGCUAGUCUGGGCUCAUCAAGUGGGUUUACCGGACAAACACAUGGAGAAGGGCCAGCAGGCAAUGGGUUCACCCUUCCACUUUGCGCUAUUCGACGCGUGGAAAGGCUUCAUAGCCAAAGUUAUAUGUUUGCUCUGAAUAUCACAACCUGGAAUGGCCUCACCUCAGCCGGGCAGAGCAACGCAGCCUCUGAGCCUCAAAGGUUUACGAUACAGCUCGCGGGGAGUCGUCAAGCAUGUGAAAAAUUUUGUGACGGCCUAAAGAAGGGGCUCAGAGAGGGAAUCCGAGAGGUCGAGAACCUCAAAGCUGUUGUUGCUGAAUGCUAUUCAGAGUAUCUCCUCUCCAAUGAACCAAAGAAAGCAAAAGAUGGAGCCAAGGAUGACACAACCGCACGUGAACCUCCUGACGCGGGGCUGGGAAUGGUCUUCAAGUAUCCCGGUGAUGCUCGCAAGCUGCGAGAUCGGAGCAAGAUGAGACUCUGGGGGGAAUAUUUGCGAGAAAACGGUCGUAAUGCCACGUUAAUUCGGCAAUCCACAUUCCAUAAACUUAUCCGGGUUGGUCUUCCAAACAGGCUACGGGGUGAAAUUUGGGAACUCGCCUCGGGCUCCUUUUUCGUCAGGCUCCAGGAUCCAAAGCUCUACUCCGAAACGCUCUUAAAGUAUUCUGGGAGGACUUCGCUGGCCAUUGAUGAGAUUGAAAAAGAUCUGAAUCGAAGUCUUCCAGAAUAUCCUGGUUUUCAGAGCGAGGAGGGAAUUGGACGACUGCGAAGAGUUUUGACGGCGUAUAGUUGGACCAAUGAACAAGUUGGAUACUGCCAGGCAAUGAAUAUUGUCGUAGCAGCACUUCUCAUCUACAUGUCCGAGUCCCAAGCUUUCUUUCUCCUCUCUGUGCUCUGUGACAGACUUCUUCCAGGGUAUUAUUCUACCACCAUGUACGGGACCCUACUCGAUCAGCGAGUAUUUGAGUCGCUCGUGGAGAAGACGAUGCCGAUUUUAUGGGACCACCUCGUCAAAUCUGACGUGCAACUAUCUGUGGUCUCGUUACCCUGGUUCCUCUCGCUCUACAUAAACUCCAUGCCUCUCAUUUUCGCCUUUCGCGUUCUUGAUGUGUUCUUCUUGGAAGGACCCAAGGUCCUGUUUCAAGUUGGCUUAGCGAUCCUUCGCAUCAACGGCGAGGAGCUGCUUGAUGCUACGGACGACGGGGCCUUUAUCUCAAUUCUGAAAUCGUACUUUUCUCGCCUCAACGAAUCUGCUCAUCCUCGCUCGGAAAAUGAGAGACUGAGAGCCGUGACGAAAUUCCAGGAAUUGAUGGUUGUUGCUUUCAAGGAGUUCUCCAACAUUACGCAACACACCAUAUCAGAGCAGCGGGCCAAGCACAAGGACGCAGUUCUGAACAAUAUUGAAAGCUUUGCCAAACGAACAUCAAUACGAAAUCUCGGUCCGGACAGCAAGCGCCUCAGUCAAGACGAUCUGGGCUUCCUCUACGAUAGAUUUUAUAGCGUUCUCUACGAGCGACAACAGCGGAUGCAGAUGAUUCGAGACGAGACCGAGCGACGAGCAAGGUCUGGUAACAUUGAGGCCAAUGAAAUUGUUACUGGAGUCGGUGGCAAUACAGAAGUCGAAAAGGGAAGAGUUGGGCUGGGCCCUAGUGCGACCUUGAUGGACUAUGACGCCUUCCGAGAGUUCUUAGCCGGCAUCGCGCCAUGGGCCAUCUCCGAUACACCGAGUCCAUCUCAAAAUAAUCUGGCUUCUGAAAAGUCGCCAUUCUCUUCGUUUGGUGGAGGUCUCAAGGGCCGAAAUCGAUCACUCUCGCCCUGGGGUGCUGGAAAUCCAGAACCGGCAGAUCAUGAAUUCGUGCAAAGACUCUUUGGGAAAUGGGAUGUGAACAAGACCGGAGCCCUGAGCUUGCAAAAUGUGGUGGCAGGUUUCGCUCAGAUUAAGGGUACGCGAGAUAUUCUCGCGAGCAUCAGCUAUUUCUUUGAUCUCUACGAUGACGAUGGGGAUGGAAAAGUUGACCGAGAAGGAAUACUACGCAUCUCCGAGGCAUUAUUGUUCUUGUCGAGGCGUGGCUUGCAAGGACUUUUGACUCCUGCGCCCACUGGAGUGCCUGGGGAGUCCGAUCGUGAUCUCGACAAUGGCCUUGAUGAUCAAGCACUGGGUAACAUUGACGAAAGGUUUUUGAACAGCGUCAGCGCCUUCAUUCGUCGUUGCUUUGAAUACGCUGAUCCGGAUCGCUCACACGAACAAGCUACAAAUUCGACCAGCGCAAAUGUCAAUGAUAUGAAUGAUGGUCUAGCUGCAUUUAGCAUUGGCAAGGAUGAGGAAGAUCUCUUAGAUCUAGAUGAUGCCAGUGGAAACCGUUCCACGGGUGAAGGUGAUUCCCAGGAAAAGGCAAGCUCGAGUUCUGAAGCAGCGGCAGACCAGUCUGAAUUAUCUGAAGCGACAAGGGCGAAUCAAAAUUCUGCAAAUCUUGCACUUGAUCCGGCAAAUCCGCUUCACAUCAUACUUCCAACCUUCCGAAUGGUCAUUCUCGCUGAUGAGUUGCUUCAGCGAUUCUUUGAGUCAUUCUUCCCCGAUUCAUUCCAGCUCUCUGAACGUCCCAUGGAAGACGUCUCGUCCUCGAAGCUCACCACAUUUGCAAGCGUAUCCGGAGGUCGUGUAGGCAACAUACCUACACCCCUAUCUCGGUCGCCUGUGACUGGAGGAAUGGUUCCACCAGGCAAAGGCUUGCGAGGUAUGCUGGAUAACCUCGUGACCGAUGGCAUGCGGGUGGCGGCCGAAGUGAGAAAACGCAUGGACGAGGCGCAACGUGAAAUGGAACGCAAUGCUCUUGGCCGAGAUGAAGAGGACGAAGAGGAAGAAAUUGAGGAAGGAGGUAAAGUGUCGUUGGGCUCCCGCGGCGAUGCAGAGACGCGAAGCGUCAUGGAACGCGAUCGGGAUCUCCUUGAAGGAGCUGAAGCGGAGUUUGGAGGCAUUGGCGAAAGCGGGUCUACGGGAGAAGUGACGGCACCUCAGUCAUCAUCUCAUAUUUUGGACCUACCUGCAGAACCGUCUCGGCGGAGAAGUGCCAGCUCGGCUACGCAAAAGGUCGUCGAGUUUGAACGAUGA